AUGGCAGCCGUGAUCUGUGAUCUGAUCGGAGACAUUUGUCGACCCAUCUGCAGUGGAGUCGCGUUCGGGUGCCGUGAGGUAUCCAAGUCUCCGUUCCUUCCAUACCUUGCACUGACCUUUGCCCUCAACACCCCGGGUGUCGUCUACGCAUUGAAAAGCUUGGAGUCAAGUUGCGGCGACUUGAAGAGUUGGCUCCUUCCGAAUGCAAUUUUCUGCCUCUUACAUAUGAUUGCGGCGUACUAUGUUGUCAGCAAGAUAAGGGAACCAAGUAGUUUACCGACUACUGUCAAUGAAAAUAGUCCACUACAGAAUGCAACGACUGGCUUUUCGUUGAUGCCAAACGGAGAUAUCCAAGGCGAAGAGAACUCUUUUCAACGAAUUAAGCAUAUCCUAUUAUAUGACAAAAACAUGGCGGUGUACAUCCUUGUCUUCGUCAUUUGGCUUGUAUGGUUGCCAUUGGGACUGAAGCGACGCCUUGAAAACAGCAGCUGUGAUGAUAUAACGCACUAUGUGGACGUCUCGAUUGCCUGUGGAUACACGUUCUUUUCUCUCGUCGGUGUCGCAUUCACGUGUUCGUUGUGUUGUCUGAAGACAGCGUAG